UCCACCCUGGCGUUCGUGUUUGAUGUGACCGGCUCCAUGUACGACGACCUGGUGCAAGUUAUCGAGGGGGCGUCCAAGAUCCUGGAAACGUCUCUAAAAAGACCCAAGAGACCGCUUUACAACUUCGCCUUGGUGCCUUUCCACGACCCAGAAAUUGGUCCAGUGACAAUAACCACAGAUCCCAAGAAAUUUCAAUUUGAACUCAGGGAACUGUAUGUUCAGGGUGGUGGAGACUGUCCAGAGAUGAGCAUCGGGGCAAUAAAGAUCGCUCUAGAAAUUUCUCUUCCUGGUUCUUUCAUCUAUGUAUUUACUGAUGCACGAUCCAAAGAUUAUAGACUUACCCAUGAAGUACUUCAACUCAUUCAACAGAAGCAAUCACAGGUAGUAUUUGUACUGACUGGAGACUGUGAUGACAGGAAUCAUAUUGGUUACAAGGUCUAUGAAGAAAUUGCCUCAACGAGUUCUGGUCAAGUUUUUCACUUGGACAAAAAACAAGUUAAUGAGGUGUUGAAAUGGGUUGAAGAAGCAGUUCAAGCCUCCAAAGUGCAUCUCCUGUCUACAGACCAUUUAACCAUGGCUGUAAAUACUUGGCAGAUCCCUUUUGAUCCGAGUCUGAAAGAGGUUACGGUGUCCUUAAGUGGUCCUUCACCAGCAAUUGAAAUUCAUGAUCCAUUAGGCAAGCAGAUCAGUAAAGGAUCAGGACUGAAUGAACUGCUAAAUAUCCACAACUCUGCAAAGGUAGUAAAUGUCAAAGAUCCAGAGCCUGGAACGUGGACAAUUAAGACCUCGAGCAGCGGAAGGCACUCUGUUCGGAUCACAGGUCUCAGCACUAUUGACUUUCGAGCUGGAUUUUCUAGGAAGCCAACGCUAGACUUUAAAAAAACAUCCAGCAGACCAGUGCAAGGGAUUCCUACCUUCGUGCUGCUAAAUACCACAGGGAUCUUUCUUCCAGCUAGAGUAGACCGACUGGAACUUCUGAGUAUUACAGGGGAACUUCUUAAGACCUUGCCUGUGAAAUACUAUCCUGACAGAAAGCCCUAUGGACUAUGGAAUAUUUCUGACUUCAUUCCACCAGAAGAAGCUUUUUUUGUUAAAAUAACGGGCUAUGACAAGGAUGAUUAUCUUUUUCAGAGAGUUUCAAGUGUUUCAUUUUCUAGUAUUACUCCUGAUGCUCCAAAAGUUACAAUGCCUACCAAGACUCCAGGAUAUUACUUACAGCCAGGGUCUGUUCCUUGCCACGUAGAAAGUCUUAUACCUUUUACUCAGCGGUUUACUAAAAAUGGAGUAAAACUAGGAGUGGAUCAGUUCUUCAAAGAAUCAUCUAGUAUGAGUUGGGAAAUUGCCAAGGUCUCCUUGUCUGAUGAAGGCUUUUAUGAAUGUAUGGCAACUAGCAGUGCAGGAACUGGACGUGCACAGACGUUUCUGGAUGUGUCAGAGCCUCCACCCAUGAUUCAGGUUCCUAAUAACGUCACGGUUGUCCCUGGUGAAGGAGCCAUCUUGACCUGCCUGAUUUUAAGCACAGUGCGCUACAAUCUCACCUGGCAGAGAAACGGCAGGGAUGUGAGGCUUAAGGAGCCCCUGCGAAUUAGGAUGAUGAGCAACCUGUCUUUAGAGGUGAAGACUGUAAAGCUCACGGAUGCUGGCAAGUACAACUGCAUCGCUUCUAAUGAGGGUGGAUCUACCACAGCAUCAGUCUUCCUUACGGUGCAAGAACCACCUAGGGUUGUCAUUUCACCUAAGAAUCAGACUUUUACAGAAGGCUCCGAAGUGUCUAUCAGGUGUUCUGCAACUGGUUAUCCAAAGCCAACAGUAGUAUGGACACACAACGAUAUGUUUAUUAUUGGUUCAAGCAGGUAUAGAUUGACCCCAGAAGGCACCUUAAUCAUAAGAAAGGCAAUUCCAAAAGAUGCAGGAAUUUAUGGUUGCUUGGCAAGUAACUCAGCUGGGACAGAGAAACAGACAUCCACCCUUACAUACAUUGAGGGUCCAACAUUGACCAUAGUUCAAAGUGAAAUUCUGGUUGCUCUUGGAGACACAACUGUUAUGGAGUGUAAAACAACUGGAAUCCCACAUCCCCAAGUUAAAUGGUUCAAAGGUGACUUAGAGUUGAGGGCAUCAGCAUUUCUCAUUAUUGAUACUCAUCGGGGUCUUCUGAAGAUCCAGGAAACACAAGAUCUGGAUGCUGGUGACUAUACCUGUGUGGCUACCAAUGAUGGAGGGAGAGCUUCUGGAAAGAUAACUCUAGAUGUUGGCUCUCCUCCAGUUUUCACACAGGAACCCAGUGAUGAAUCUGCGGAUAUUGGCUCAAACAUCACGCUGCCGUGCUAUGUUCAGGGUUACCCAGAACCAAAAGUUAAAUGGAGGCGGCUAAAUGGUGCUUCCCUUUUCUCAAGACCAUUCGCAGUUAGUUCCAUCAGUCAACUCAGAACAGGAGCUCUAUCUAUUAAUAGUUUGUGGGUCAGUGAUGAAGGAACUUAUAUUUGUGAGGCUGAGAACCAGUUUGGAAGGAUUCAGUCACGGCCAGCCACAAUCACAGUAACUGGACUGGUUAAACCUUUGAUUGGAGUAAGUCCAGCUACAGCCAAUGUAAUUGAGGGGCAGCAGCUCACUUUGCCAUGUGUAUUGCUUGCUGGAAACCCUAUUCCAGACCGGAGGUGGAUUAAAAACAGUGUGGUGCUCGUUCCCAAUCCCUACAUUAAUGUUCGCAGUGAUGGAAGCCUGCACCUUGAAAGAGUUCGGCUGCAGGAUGGCGGCGAUUAUACCUGCAUGGCAAGUAAUGUUGCUGGGACAAGCAACAAAACUACUACUGUUAAUGUGUAUGUUCUGCCUGUUAUUCAGCAUGGACAGCAGAUAUUUAGCACCAUUGAAGGAAUUCCAGUAACAUUACCAUGCAAAGCAAGUGGAGUUCCUAAGCCAUCUAUUGUCUGGUCCAAGAAAGGAGAAGUAAUUCUUUCUAGCAAUGUGAAAUUUUCUGCAGGGUCUGAUGGAAGUCUGUAUGUACUUUCACCAACGGGUGAAGAGACUGGGGAAUACAUGUGCACUGCAACAAAUGCUGCUGGUUAUGCUACACGGAAAGUCCAGCUGACUGUUUAUGUGAAACCUAGAGUAUCCAGGCCUGGAGACCAGCAAGGAAAUGCAUAUGAUAAACCCAUAGAGAUCUCAGUAAUUGCAGGGGAAGAUGUCACACUUCCAUGUGAAGUAAAGAGCUUGCCACCCCCCAUAAUUACCUGGGCCAAAGAAAUGCAGCUCAUAUCUCCAUUCUCUCCAAGACACACUUUCCUACCCUCAGGGUCAAUGAAGAUCAGUGAGACACAAGUUUCAGACAGUGGAAUGUAUAUCUGUGUAGCCACAAACAUUGCUGGGAAUGUGACUCAGUCAGUGAAGCUAAGUGUACAUGUUCCUCCAAAGAUACAGCGUGGGCCUCGAGUUUUGAAAGUCCAGGCUGGCCACAGAGUUGACAUACCCUGCAGUGCCCAGGGGAUCCCUCCCCCAACAAUCACUUGGUUCAAAGGCAGAAGUGCUGUGCCGAUAGAUGGUGGGCAGUUUAUCCACAGCCUGGAUGGAGCUCUAAGCAUCAGCAACGUCCAGCUUCCCGAUGCCGGAAUCUACAAGUGUGUCGCUAAUAACGUAGCGGGUAGUGACGCGUCGGAGAUAACCGUACAAGUUCAAGAGUCUCCUACUAUUGAUGAUCUGGACCCUCCAUACAAUAAUCCCUUUCAAGAAAGAGUGGCAAAUCAACGCAUUGCAUUCCCAUGCCCAGCAAAAGGUGUUCCAAAGCCUGUCAUCAAAUGGCUACGUAAUGGAAGAGAGCUGACAGGCAGUGAACCAGGGAUUUCAAUUCUGGAUGAUGGGACACUGCUGAUUAUAGCUUCUGUUACACCUUCUGAUAAUGGAGAGUAUAUCUGUGUGGCAACCAAUGAAGCUGGAAGCACAGAAAGAAAAUAUAACCUGAAAGUUCAUGUUCCUCCUGAAAUUAGAGAUCAAGAAAAGGUGACAAAUACAUCUGUAGUUGUUCAUCACUCUGUAAGUCUCUUCUGCGAAGUAUCUGGUAACCCCUUCCCAAUCAUCUCCUGGUAUAAAGAAGAUAUCCAGGUUGUGGAAAGCAGUACUCUCCAGAUUUUGCACAAUGGGAAGAUACUGAAGCUCCUUAAAGCUGCUACUGAUGAUGCUGGACAAUAUUCAUGCAAAGCCAUAAAUGUAGCAGGAAGUUCUGAGAAGCUGUUUAACCUCGAUAUACUAGUUCCACCAAGUAUAAUAGGUGCUGAUACCCCUGGUGAAAUUGCAGUCAUCCUCAAUCAGGAAAUCAGUCUGGAAUGUAGAGCCAAAGGCUUCCCUUUUCCUGACAUUCACUGGUUCAAAGAUGGCAAGCCCUUGUUUUUGGGUGAUCCCAAUGUUGAGCUUCUGGACAAAGAUCAAGUUCUACACAUAAAGAGUGCUCGAAGGAUUGACAAAGGUCGUUAUCAGUGCAGCGCCACCAACACGGCAGGCAAACAAGUUAAGGAGGUCAAGCUGAUCAUCCAUGUCCCUCCUAGUAUUAAAGGAGGGAAUAUUACCACAGAGGUGUCGGCGCUUCUUAACAAUCUUAUAAAUUUGGAAUGCGAAACCAAGGGAAUCCCUGUUCCUACUAUUACAUGGUACAAAGAUGGACGCCCAAUUAUUUCCAGCCCCCAAGCUCUGUAUGUGGAUAGAGGGCAAUUCCUGCAGAUACCUCGGGCCCAAGUAUCAGAUUCUGCAAAGUACACUUGCCGCGUGACCAAUGCCGCUGGAGCUGCUGAAAAAAUAUAUGACGUGGAUGUCUAUGUUCCUCCAGUAAUUGAGGGCGAUGCUGACACAGCCCAGAACAGGCAGGUGGUUGCUGGCAAUUCACUGACGUUAGAGUGUAAAGCUGCUGGAAACCCUCCGCCUCUCCUUACCUGGUUAAAAGAUGGUGUGCCUGUGAAAGCAAGCGACAACCUCCGCGUUGUAUCUGGUGGGAAGAAGCUGGAGAUUCUGAAUGCCAUUGAGGCCGACCGGGGCCAGUAUUUGUGUGUGGCCACAAGCAUAGCUGGAGAACAAGAAAUCAAAUACGAAGUUGAAAUCUUAGUUCCGCCAUUUGUGGAAGGUGGGGAUGAGCUCUUGGACAACAUUGUGAUUCUCCAUAGCCCUUUGGAGUUGGAUUGUUCAGCAACAGGGACACCCUCACCAACUAUCACGUGGUUGAAAGAUGGUCAACCGGUUGAAGAGGGAGCUGGACAUAAGAUCUUAUUAAAUGGACAAAAACUUCUCAUCUCUCGAGCUCAAGUGUCAGACACUGGCCGCUAUAAAUGUGUGGCUGCAAAUAAGGCAGGAGAACAUGAAAGGGAAUUUGAUGUUACUGUGCAUGUUCCUCCAACCAUCAAAUCAGCUGGGACUUCUGAGAGAGCUGUUGUGAUAUACAAGCCUGUGACGCUGCAGUGCAUAGCCAAUGGCAUUCCCAGCCCUUCCAUAACUUGGUUAAAAGAUGGUCAACCAGUAAACACAGCCAGAGGAAAUAUAAGACUGGAGUCUUCAGGCCGUAUUCUGCAAGUUGUCAAGGCCCUGCUCGAAGAUGCUGGCCGAUACACUUGUGUGGCAACAAAUGCUGCAGGAGAAGCCCAACAGCACGUUCGGCUUCAUGUGCAUGAACCACCCAGCCUGGAAGAUGCAGGAAAAAUGUUAAAUGAAACAGUGGUGGUGAAUAAUCCAAUCCAUCUUGAAUGCAGAGCAUCUGGGAGCCCUCUGCCAGCUAUCACAUGGUACAAAGACAAUCGUCCACUUACCAGUGCUGCAAGUGCCACUUUUCUGAACAGGGGGCAGGUUCUGCAGAUUGAGGGUGCUCAGAUCUCCGACACCGGUGUUUAUAAGUGUGUGGCUGUCAACACAGCGGGCACAGCUGAGUUGUUUUACAGUCUUCAGGUUCAUGUCCCACCAUCAAUUUCUGGCAGCAGUGACAUGGUGACAGUCGUGGUUAAUAACCUAGUGCGACUGGAGUGUGAAGCAAGAGGCAUCCCUGCGCCUAUUCUGACGUGGCUAAAAGAUGGUAGCCCUGUUUCCAGCUUUAGCGAUGGACUCCAGGUUCUGUCUGGGGGCCGAGUCUUGGCAUUGACUAGUGCUCAGAUCAGUGACACAGGAAAAUACACUUGUGUUGCAGUGAAUGCUGCGGGCGAGAGCCAGAGAGAUAUUGAACUCAGAGUUUAUGUUCCACCAAACAUCAUGGGAGAGGAACAAAACGUCUCUGUGCUCAUCAGCCAAGCAGUGGAGCUGCUCUGCCAGAGCAAUGCUAUUCCCCAACCCGUGCUGACGUGGCUCAAAGAUGGACGACCCUUGCUGAAGAAGCCAGGUCUUAGCAUAUCUGAAGAUGGAAGUGUAUUGAAGAUUGAAGGAGCUCAAGUACAGGACACUGGCCGUUACACUUGUGAAGCGACAAAUGUUGCUGGGAAAACUGAAAGGAACUAUAAUGUCAAUAUCUGGGUGUCACCAAGUAUUUAUGGCUCGGAUGACAUCUCUCAGCUGACAGUAAUUGAAGGGAGCUUGAUAAGCCUGAUAUGUGAGUCUAGUGGCAUCCCACCACCCAGUCUUACCUGGAAAAAGAAUGGCUCUCCAUUGGUGGCUGACCUUUUGGGAAGGGUGCGGGUAUUAUCUGGAGGCAGACAGCUACAGAUUUCAAUUGCUGAAAAGUCUGAUGCUGCAUCUUACACUUGUAUUGCUUCAAAUGUAGCUGGAAGUGCAAAGAAAGAAUACAGUUUGCAAGUAUACAUUCGACCAACUAUAUUAAACAGUGGUAGCCACCCAUCAGAAGUUGUGGUCACUCAAGGAAAUGAAAUUUCCUUGGAGUGCAAGGUACAGGGCAUUCCAGAACCAGCAAUAACGUGGAUGAAGGAUGGCCGUCCGCUGGUCAGUGGAAGGGACGUAGUGAUACUUCAUGAUGGUCACUUUCUUCAGCUGAAAAAUGCCCAGGUGUCAGACACUGGCCGCUAUGUCUGUGUUGCUGCCAAUGUGGCAGGGCUGUCUGACAGAAAAUACGAUUUAAAUGUUCAUGUUCCCCCAAGUAUUGCUGGUGACCUGCAGAUGCCUGAAAACAUCAGCAUUGUGGAGAAGAAUCCCAUCUCUAUGGUUUGUGAAGCUUCAGGAAUUCCCUUGCCAUCAAUAACAUGGCUCAAGAACGGAUGGCCUGUCACUUUGAACAACUCAGUGCGAAUCCUCUCAGGGGGCAGAACGCUCCGUUUGACACACACGAGCGUAGCAGAUGAAGGUCAGUAUACUUGCGUAGUGACCAAUGCUGCGGGAGAAGUGAGGAAGGAUUUUGACCUUUCUGUUCUAGUGCCUCCAGGGAUUGUGGGUGAAAAUAAACUGGAAGAUGUGAAAGUGAAAGAGAAGCACAGAGUUACCCUAACAUGUGAAGUGAUAGGGAACCCUGUACCGCAGAUCAUCUGGAUAAAGGAUGGGCAAUCUCUAACUGAGGAUGAAGAUCACAGGUUUCUGUCCAGUGGGCGUUUCCUGCAAAUCACCAAUGCCCAAGUCACUGACACAGGAAGAUACACAUGUAUUGCAUCCAAUACAGCUGGAGAUAAGAGCAAAAGUUACAGUCUUAAUGUACUUGUGUCUCCAACCAUUGUGGGUGCAGAUGGCCAUGGAAAUGCAGAAGAUGUUGCUGUUAUCCUCAACAGCCCAACAUCGCUGGUUUGUGAGGCUUACUCGUAUCCUCCAGCUACAAUCACCUGGCUGAAAGAUGGUAAUCCUUUAGAAUCAAACAGAAAUAUCCGUAUUUUACCAGGUGGUCGAACCCUGCAGAUUCUAAAUGCACAGGAGGACAACGCUGGAAGAUACACCUGUAUAGCCACAAAUGAGGCUGGAGAAACUUUGAAACACUAUGAAGUAAAAGUCUACA